CUUCAAACUGCAAACCAAACAACCACCACCGUACCAAAACCUCUCUGCUCUUAAACCCACCGUUGCUGCCACCGCCAUCCCACCACAAACACCAUGCACAAGACGUCCUCAGCCUCAUCCCUUGGCCCCGGUGGCCUUGACCUGUCGCAGGCCUUCUUCAGGCCCAUCCACAAUGCCGCCCCGCCCUCCCCCACUAACCGCCACACCAAGAUCACAGUUGUCGGGGCCGGCAACGUCGGCAUGGCCAUCGCGCAGACCAUCCUCACUCAGGACCUCGUCGACGAGAUUGCCCUGGUCGACGCCAAGGCCGACAUGCUCCGCGGCGAGAUGCUCGACCUCCAGCAUGCCGCUGCCUUCCUCCCCCGCACCACCAUCCUCGCCUCCUCCUCUGACUAUGCUGUCACCUCCGGGUCCGACCUCAUUGUCGUCACGGCCGGCGCCCGGCAGGUCCCCGGCGAGUCGAGGCUGAACCUGCUGCAGAGGAACGUGGCCCUCUUCAGGGGCAUCAUUCCCGCGCUUGUCAAGCACUCUCCUGACGCCAUCCUCCUGGUCGUCUCAAACCCGGUCGACAUAUUGACGUACGUGGCGUGGAAGAUCUCCGGGUUCCCCUCGAACCGGGUCAUUGGGUCGGGCACGAACUUGGACUCGUCCAGAUUUCGGUUCUUGCUGGCGGAUCAUCUUGACGUCAACGCUCAGGACGUGCAGGCCUAUGUCGUUGGAGAGCACGGCGACAGCUCGGUCGCGUUGUGGUCGAGCAUAAGCGUCGGGGGAGUCCCGGUCCUGAGCUUCCUGGAGCGGCAACAGAUUCCGUACGAGAAGGAGAUGCUGGAGAAAAUCCACAGGGAAGUGGUCGAUGGCGCCUACGAGGUCAUAAGCCUCAAGGGCUACACGUCCUGGGCGAUCGGAUACUCCGUAGCCAGCUUGGCCCGGACCCUUCUCCGGGACCAGCGGAGUAUCCACCCCGUCUCGGUCCUUGCGAGGGGGUUCCACGGCAUCGACGGCGGGGACGUGUUCCUGAGCCUGCCGGCGCAGCUUGGCCGCGGCGGCGUUGUGGGCGUGACCAAUGUGCACAUGACGGAUGAGGAGGUGCAGAGGCUUAAAGCCUCCGCUGAGACCCUCUUGGAGCUUCAAAGCCAAUUGGAUAUUUGAGGGACGAACCGACCAUAUAGAUUAACAACAAUUACACAUCCUGCUUUGUUUAAUUUCCCCACUUUUUCUCUGAUUAAUGUUCCUUGUUUUAUUUUCCUGUAUGUCCUUAUUUGAGAUUAGCAAACGUUUGGAAAGCCUUGAUUUUUAUUA